AUGCGCCAACGAUUCACCUUUUCUCGCGGUAGCCAGGGACGACACCGCGCUUCUACCAUCAAUUCGUCCGGUGCUAUAAGUACACCUAGCAGCCGCCCUCGCUCAUCUACUACCCCCGUCUCUUCCAACACUACGGAGAUUGCGUGGCACAACACAGACAACAGUCGAUACUACCAUUUCACCGAUGAGCCCGGAUACUUUUGUCCCUCGUCACCUAUCAUCAGCCGCCAGGAUAUCGCAGAAGACCUAGAAGAUGAGAUUACACACACUUGCACAAUGCUUGUUCACGAUAUCGACCAAGGACUACCAAUAUUGCCUUCUCUCAACACAGCACUGCGUACAAGCAAUGGCAGUGAUGGCAUGGUCCGAGCUUCAUAUGAAACGCAUCCUGAAUUCCAGGACCAAAUGACCCAUGUUUCGCCUCGAAUGACAACCGCAAAGGAAUUCGCCGCAUGCAAGCCUAUGCAUGACUCGGGUGUUGCUUUCAGCGCCCAGUCAUCAAGACGUGGCCAACACGGCCGAGACAGCUUGUCAGCCACUAGGGCUUCAGCUGGAGCGGGGAGAUUCUACGGACGACGAUCUCCACCCGAAGAGCCUUGCGAAAGGGGUCGCCAGCGUGGACGAAGCUUUGCCACAGAUGCCACCUCCUUGUGCUCUCGAUCUCGAUCCCGCACUUCCAGCUUCGACAUGUUCCCCUAUAGUCCUCCCCAAUCCACCGCAUUAUGGUCCCACAAUAUCAGAAAGGAUAUCGCACCCUCAGCCAACCUCUUCUCCGAGCCGGAAUCCCUCCUCGGCGCAGAGGGAAUGGCCUGGCUCCGCGCUAACGACGAUAUGCACCGUCUUGGCGACAGAAACAGCCCAUGCCAAAGCGACGAGCACGCCGGCCUUACACCCUUCCUUCUUUCGGGUCCCGGCCCACGCCGUUUCUACAGCACCCGCCAACUACCAUCGGCAAAGGCCCUGGGCCCGCGCGAAUCGUCCUGCGAGCUCCACAGCGGCCUUUCCGUACGCAGUCUCCCCUUUGACAGCGAUCUCCACAAUCCCCAUUCAACGCAAGCGUACAAGGCACAAACCUACUCGCUAGUCAUCACGCCCGACGCAAACGGACCGGCCCGCCACAAACGUAAGAAGGCAUCCCAACUCUUCAAAAAGUUAGCUGGAAUAGGCAUGCGGCGCAAAGAGGAACCCGUCGAAUUCAGGAGGCCCAUGGUUGCUGCUGCGUGA